UGGGCACCAGUCGCAGGCGCGCAUCGCGGCUUGGGAGGCGCAGCGGGAGGUUCGGCUGCCUCGCGCAAGCAUCCGGCAUCUUGCCUUGGUCUACGACGCGUCGUGGAAUAAAUGCUUGCGCGAGUGCUGGCGUGACAUUGGCAUCGGCGCCCAGCUCACAGCGCUGGCAGCAUUCCCGAGCCUCACCGCAAGUCGCACCGCGUAGCCAGCGCAACCCGGCGCAGACGCACUCGCAGGCAACGCCAUCCGCCCAUGAUAGCUGCAGGCGCACCCCAUCCUUAUGGCUUCGGACACAAGCGACGCAAGCGCAGGUGCGCACACGGCCGGCAACGCAGACGCGGCGCAGAAGGAGGCCCAGGACUACUGGGGAUACCUGAUCAAGCCAGACAAGUGCGGGACGGCGCUGUUUGACCGGCUGCUCAAGGGCAUCGCCGAGGUCAUUAGCAAGACGUUUGAGCCCUCGGAAUCGCCCGACCUCACGCCCUCGCAGAUCGCCGCCUUCUACCGCGCCGUCGGCGGCAACUACGAUGUCCUCUUUGUCGAGACGCCAGCGUCCUCGCUGGCCUUCAUCUACCGUUCGCUCGGCGCCUUUCACAGCCUGCAGCCCGCGCCCAACGACGACGGCUACUCGUCGCCCACCGUCCCCGCGCUCAAGAGACAGGGCUUCGUAACAUGGCAGACGAUACAGCUGCUGCUCGGCCCGGAGAUCCACGUGCCCGUCCUGCAGAACGCGGUCAAGCAUUUCGAUGUCGUCGACCCGGAGACAGGCAACAUCUUCCCCAAGGUGCUCCCCGCCGGGUGCCUGCCCACCAAGCCAGACGAGGCCAUGGAAGCGUGGUACGACACCGUCGCCCAGCGUCUCCAGCGCGAAGCCGAGGAGGACAGCGCCGACACGGAAAAGGUGCCGCACGUCCGCGUCAACGUGAACGAGCAUGCACCGCGGACCUCGACCGACUACUCGGGCGACUCAGCUGACGAGAAGCACGCAGCCGCGAGCUACUUCUCCGACCCUCUCUAUCGCCAGUCGAGGCACGGCAGACCUCCGAUAGUACGCCACUUCUCCAAGCAGCCCGCGCACCCUUACGAGGACCCCAACCGCGGCCGCCUCAUCUCGAGCGUACGCCACAUGCUCAACCCCUUUGGCAAGAGCAGACGCAUGCCUGGGCGCUACGAAGAUGACAGCCUCUCUGACGACGACGACGACGACGACCGCACGCCCGUCGCCCCCGUCCCGCCGUCGGCCCCCCGCUACGUCUCCCACAACUCACACACCUCCCAAGGCUCGCACAAGCGUCCCCAUCCCGCUCGCCGCGAGUCCACCCUCUCGUCGACCUCGUCAGACUCCGACUCCGACCUUCCCCCUUCCCGCCGCCGCAGCCCCGCCCUCCGCCACCGCCGCUCCCACGAGCCCGCCACCAGCCCCAGAGACUACUUCCCUGCGCCCUACGAAGACCGGCGCUACAGCCACGCUGACGCCCACGCUCACGCCCAUGCACCCAGUCCGCCGCACCCCCACGUCCAGCGCAAAGAAGACGGGCCCCCGCCACUCUACGGGCCUACCAAGUCCCCGCUCUUCGCAACCCACGUCGCCCAGAUGCAGGCGCACACGUACUACGACCGCGACCGCCGGCCCAGCAUGCCGCCCAGGACAUCGUACCGCCCGCACGCAGCGCACAACGUGCGGUACGCAGGCGUCCCUCCGCCGCCGCCAGAGGCCGUAGACCCCCCGUACUCGCGUGAACGCGAUCCACACCAUUCCAACUCGCAUUCCCGCGACAGAGACCGGGACCGGGACCGCGACCGCGACGACGGCUACGACCGCUUCCGCCGGCGCAGCGAGGAGUUCCCCCGCGAACGCGACCGAGACAGAGACGGGCUGCGCGACAGAGACCGCACGCGCAGCCACGACCGCGUCAAAGACGAAUGGGACGAGCGCGAGGAGCGGACCUCGCGCGACCACUCGCGCGACCUCAGAGGCGGCCGCGCGCACCGCUAUGUCAGCGGCGUGCAGGACGGCGUGGGAGGCCGGCGGUAUCCCGUGGAGCAGGCUUGGCGGUAGUCCCAUCUCCCCUCCAGCCUGUAUUAUUGCUGCUCCUCGUCCGGCUCUCUUGUUAUUGUUUCCUUCUCUGGUUUCCUGCAAUUUGGCGUUUGACGUGGCGUGCGGUUUUGGAUAUAUCCCCUCACGCAGCUGGUCGGUUGGCAUAGCGAGCGAGCGCGCAUGCAGCAUGCAGCAUACAUGGAGCGACGUGUUUCUGUGCGAGCACUCAGCACCGAGCGAGACCUGUAAUGAAUAACGACUUUGAUGACCGAUUGACAAAGGGCCCACUGAACGGCUAGGCUGUUCUUGUCAUCUACAAUGUGAGAUCUA